CCGCUGCCCUCCCCUCUUUCUCUCUCUCUCUCUCAGCCUUUUUCGUAUUAUCUCUCCCUCCGUGCUCCACCUCCCUCAUCCUCUUUCUGUCACUGUGGGAGAGCUGCAGGCAGACAGAGGCAGCAUACACUAAUGUUACUAUAUUUGACACACACACAUAUUCUCCUGCCACACGCACCACUGCACACACAUACGGGAAAGAGGAAGCCGAGGGUGGGUGGGUGGGUGUUUGGAGGGUGGAGGGUGGGGGGGUGGCACCGGGCGUACAAAGGCAAACUAGAAAGACGACGGCCCCUCAAGUGUCCCAGCGCACACGGACGCACACAUGCUCCGACGCGUGCUAAGUGCAGGAAUCACAAACAUAGCGACACACAGAAAAGGGGCAGCGCGUGACGCCAGCAACCUAACGCCGUUGUCUCUCUCUCAGACACACACACACACACACACACGCACACACACAUACGCGCACUCCCCGUCUCUCUCUUCUUCACUCGCGCCUCUCAGACACACGGCAGCGCACAAACCAGCGAGCAGGCAGGACAGCGCUGGACGUAUCACUCACAUAGGAAAUAGAUCCAGAAGAAAAGGAUUAACUAUCUCCAUCCCUCUCCUCUCCCUCUAAGGACCUUAUCCUCUCUUCCCUCCUUUUGUGCCUCAAAGCCUCUCUUCACCUCGUUUUUUUUUUUUUCUGCAAUCCCUCAUUUUAUUCAACCUCUCUCCCCCCCCCCCCCCACCCCCCACCCCACACACAAUCCCUCCUUUUUCCACAAUUCAUUGGUGGGUUGAAGGGAAGCUUGGGGGAUUGUCUCUCAACAGAAAGAAGGAUUAUUCUCACAUUAUUCGUUUGAGCGUAAUCGCGAAUGUAUGGAUUUCUCCGGCUGAAAGUGGAGGCAGUUUUUCCUCCGAUGUUUUGCUCCGCGAAAGAUUCUUGAGCUCUUUUAAAAACAUACAUUUUUUGGAGGGACAGCUGACGGCAGGAAGCUAUAAGGCUGGUUCUGUUUUGAGAUAUUUGGGCAUAAGGUGAUUUGGUGUAGUUUCUCACCACUGCCGCCCUAGUGGAGGCGGCAGGCAUGGCGGCUUGACCGCCCCCAUAGCCCCGCCCCCCUCGGACAGAGGAAGGCCGCAGAGCCGCGUGUCAUGCCGCCCCACACCCAACCCCCUGGGGGCUUCGGCCACCCCCCGGCGAGAUCUACCAUCUACUUGGCCAGACCCGUUUUCCUCUGCGUCCUCUGCCUCCUGGCUGCGCUGCUGCCGCCGGCCUCCUCCUGCCCUCCUCCCUGCCUCUGCUCCUCGGACGGCCUAGUGGUGGACUGCGUGGGCCGGGGUCUCUCCUCCCUGCCUCCCUUACACCUCCUGCCUCCGGGGAGCCGCUCCCUCCUGCUAACCAACAACAAGCUGGCCUCGCUGGGAGCCUCCGCCUUCGCUAACCUCUCCUCUCUGGAGGAGCUGGACCUCUCCAACAACUACCUGGACAAUUUACCGGCUGGGCUAUUCAGAGACAUGUCCAACUUGACGAGGCUGACUCUGCACAACAACUCACUAACAGUAACGGACAGGGAACUCUUCCAGGGUUUGGGGGGUCUUCAGAGACUGGACUUGUCAUUGAACGGUUUGUCCUCGGUUCCUCUGGGCCUGCUGGACGAGCUGCAGAGCCUCAGGUGGCUGUCCCUAGCGGGUAACAGGCUUCACGGUUUGGAAAGGGCAGCGUUUGAGCCGCUGGCCAAUCUGCAACAUCUGGAACUGGGGCAAAAUCCCUGGGAAUGUGACUGCAACCUCCGUGAUUUCAAACACUGGAUGGAGUGGCUGCUGUACAGAGGAGGGAAGGUGGACGCCGUGGAGUGCACGCUGCCGAAGGAUCUGCGUGGGCGAGACAUCCGCGGCGUGCCGGUGGAAAUGUUCAACUACUGCCUUCAACUCGAAGACGAGAACGGAGGGGGAGAGGGUUCUCGCGCCGGGCAGGGAGGCGGCCCUCCGUGCAGCAGGAACGCUCUCAAUCCCACGCCGGUUUCUGACGGCGGCGGCGGCGGCAACGCCGGCGACGACUCCUCUUCGAACGGCGGGGAGGCGGCGUCGGAGUGCGUGCGCGCCCGCUACCGACCGGUGAGCGUGCGCCGCGCCAUCGGCACGGUGGUGAUCGCCGGCGUGGUGUGCGGCAUCGUCUGCAUCAUGAUGGUCGCCGCGGCGGCCUACGGGUGCAUCUACGCCUCCCUGAUGGCCAAGUACCAGCGGGAGCUGAAGAAGAGGCAGCCGCUGAUGGGCGACGGAGACGGUGAUGGGGAGGACAGGGAGGAGAAACAGAUCUCCUCGGUGGCCUGAAAAGAGUGAUGGCGCGGGGGAGGGUCGGCAUGUCAAAGGGGUGAAGGCUGGAAGGGGUGAAAAUUAAAAGGGCUCAAAGAGGAGAGAGAUGGAAGAGCUUGUUUUAUACACACGGUUGUAGUAUCUCUCCCUCUGACUCUCAAACUGACACCUCUCUCCCACUUUUUGUCUUCCUUUCCUCGUCCUUUUUCUAUUUUUAUCCUUCUCCCUCUCUGUCCCUCUCGCUAACGUACUCCCUCACACACGUACCUUAUCUGCUCCCUGAUUUUCUCUUCCAUUCGGACCCAUUCUCACCGCAGUAUUUGUUACCAAUCAUCCCUCCAAUUCGCCUACCGACCACCUACUGCUGCUGAAUUUACCACUAUAUUGGCUAAGAGGGGGAAAAAAAAAUGAUUUGGUACUCUCUCUAGUCUUGUAUGAAACAUAUCAUUUCAACUGUUACAGAAGACUCACGGUGGAUGGCCAGUCAGUGUUUGUCAACACAGGUGGAAAUUUCAGGGAUUCAUAGCAUGUACGGUGUUGACUGGACCAACGAUCACAACGAGAUGGAUUUGUGGUAACGGGCAGUGCCUGUUUUACGCUUGUUUUAUUUGCAUCGUUCUCCUUCUUAACCUCUCUUAAAGCCAAUCGUUCCUCCAAGAAACCAGAACCAGAACCUCAGCCUGCCCUCUCCCAGCCUAAUCCUCCUCUGAUGUUCCCUUGAGUCUUUUAAGAGCCCAGGAAAUUGCAGAUGUUGGGAAAUUAGGAGGAAACAAAGGGAAACUUGAUGUAUAAUCAAAAAAAAACGAUUCAGUUCUUACUGUCAAAGCCUCUCUACUUCUUAGUCACAGGGAAAAUGCGAAGGAAAGAUCAAGUGUUGCUGGAAGAAAUCCAAUACACAAUGAGCCUCCUGAUAUACAGAACCAUUUGGUAUUGAGAAACUGAUUAGCCACUGAUCACCAGACGUUUUGACUGGUAGAGAAGAGCUCUCCCAAAUUUUGGACCGGAUGUCACCUUUUCUCUGAACCUUCCAUCUGUGUCCAACGUGGGAGCUCUGCAUGAGAAUCUGCAACAGAUCUUGUCACUCAGCUCACAGGGGACAGAGCCAUUUAACUGGAAUCCAAAUUUUCGGUAUUUGUCUUCUUCAGAAUACGGAUCUCAUUUGUUGCUUGUAAACGAUCAGCGCCUCUUAUCGUGGUUAAAAAAUAACGAUCGCGGACUUAUUUUCUGGUGUUGCUCGGACUAUGCUUCCAGAUCAGAAAAGGUUUAAAACCAAUUCCUGGGAUUCGAAGGACCACAGACUUUGCUUUAUAGCUGAUAUUGUUUGUUCCAAAUACAUUUUCAGACUCAUUUCACUCUUCAAGAGGUGAAUGUUUGCUACUAUGGCACGAAAAAACUAUCUCAGAGAACCCUGUCUCCUGGUAAGGACUACAGAAAAAAAAUAAAAAAUCAUCUAAGGACUACAAACUUCAAACUCCUGCACUUUAUUUACCCAAUCAGAUGCCCUGUGGCCUCCCUCUCUGUCGCUCUGUCCCUCCUCCCCUACCUUCUCUUCCUUUCUAAACUGGACGAUUUGCCCAGAGGGAUUAUAAAGAAAGAGGGAUUAAACUAAAAAGCUGCUAUUUUCCCCCUCUUCCUUCUCAUCUCUGUAUCUCUCAAUCCAUCUUUCCAUGCAGUGCUAUUUGUGGAAAGGUCUUAUCAGGCACCUUUAUCCGUUCUUUUUAUCCAACCUUUCACCCAUAUUGAGUUGUUCUUGAACGGUCAACAAUAUGAAAUGGAAACCGUGUCGCUAUAACAUGAAUAUAUUUUUUGGUUAAAAAAAUGUAGCCAUUCACCCCCCCCAAAAACUUAGCUUGCUAUGCCUUGUGUAGUCUUUUCAUUGACACCCUUAAUUAUGCCUAGAGAUUUUUCCCUGAACACUUGGUUGAGCUCAAUGGCAUCCAUUGCAUAUUGUCCAACCCGUACACUAAAACAAUUGCUCCCUUUGAAUUUCUGAUUGGCCGGAAAGACCUAUAUCAAUAGUGUGUUAUCUUAUACCUGGGUAUGAUGCAGAUAAGUAUAUAAUUAUAGUAGUCUUCUAUGGUGUGUUGGCCCAGCAAUCCCAAAAAUGUUCUUUCGAUGUACCUGUUUUACGGUUUUCAUGUGUCAGCUCAUGAUGUAUGUCUUCUGUUGUGGCUCCUGUGUUCUGUUUUAGGUUUUAAGAUCUCAGUAAUGAUUAUUUGUCGUGUCCAUUUAUUUGUGUUCAAUAGUUAAUGGUAAAGUUUCCAUGCGAUUCAUAGAAAGAGUUUGGAUAGAGUGUUUUGAAAGGGCCCCAAACUGCCUCAUCUCUGAAAAUCAACAGGGUCACUUUGUAGAUGACAGGGACAGAAUAACAAGAUUUAGCCAACCUAUAACGUACAUUACCAUCUAUGGAGGCAUAUGUUGCUGUCCGGAUGUGAGACAGAACAUCUGUGUCUUCAAGAUGUUGGGUUAAGGGUUGGUGGUUUAGAGAUAGCAACUAACCAAGCACAAUAAAAGACCAGAUAAAUACAAUGGUUUAAUGACAAAUAUGUCAAAGUUAAUGUUCUCAGAGAACCAAGUAUUGACGUUUUUCAGUUUUAUGAAUACCCUUACCUCUACAUGUUUACUAUAUAUAUUUGUCUGUACAUUUCAUUCUAAUUCUUACUAAUUGUCCAGAUAUAAUUUAUCCCAUGAAAGAUCAGGGUUCACAAAGAUGAGAAUAUUUCAUAUUCCCGCCAAGAAUUGGUCAAGUCUGCAAGGUGACUCAGGUGACUAAUGUUAAGAUGGUCUUUUGGUCAACUAUCCAACUGGUUGGUCAAUACACUCUCAUUAGACCAAAUUCUUAUUGAUUGGACUAUUGUGGUGUGGUGUUAUUUUCAUAAGGGGAAAAGUGCUACAUCAAUAGCCGCCCAUGAUUAGUCAAUUAUCCCCGGAGCAAUAGGCGACAGGUCAGUGGAAAGUGGUAGAUCUAGAAACUGGUGAUCUAGUGCAGUUUACUGAACGUUUAUUCAAAGUAGAGUUGCUACAAAAUAACUGAUACGAUAUUGAAGAAGUUAUUGGUGUGACCAACAAAAAGGUGUGAACUUGUGUCACAUCUGGGAUGCAGAUGUCAACGGGAAAGGUGCAGGCUGGUCAGCUCUGAGUUGGUUUUUAUUAUUUCAGUAUAAAAUAAUAAGGUUUAAAUUGUUUAAUAAUUCACUGCUGCCAAGAGGUGCAGUGCAGAUUUUAGCCAUGAAAAAAAUACCUGGCUAAAGAGUAGGUAUAAUAGGCUAUAGCCAUAGUCAUUUUCAUAUCACCUUGAUUUAAAUAACUACAACACAGCGUUGAACUUCAGAGACUCUGAGGCAGUAACUGAUAGAAAAGCAACAGCUAAACUCUGUCUAUGGAUCUAGAAACACUGUCCUCUCACCCCCCUGGUCUGCAGGUCUUGUGUUGUCGAUAGCUAAGUAUCUUAGCUAGCUGAAUCCUGUUCCUAUAGCCUGUGUGUUUGUGUAACAAAUAAUAAAUUAUAGUUUGUUACGUAAAAACUGGAGCAGCCAUUAUGACUGAGGGCCUCUACCACUACACUGGCCAGAAAUCUAUGGUGUGUUGUGUUAUUAUGACGAUUGUGACUAUGACGAUGGUGAUACGACGACGGUGAUGAAGCAUUUCCUGGUCAAUAUGCAUUGAUUUAAAUAAAAAAAAAAAAAAAAAAAAAAAAA